AUGGCGUCAUAUAAACCUACAAAAAUUCCAGUUUAUCCUAAACUUGGUGAGAAAGUCACACAGGACACUCUGUAUUGGAAAAACUACAAGGCUCCAGUCCAGAUAAAAGAAUUUGGAUCAGUGACACAUAUCGACUUCUCUCCUGUUGCCCCACAUAACUUUGCAGUAACAGCAUUUACACGAAUCCACAUUUAUGGCCCAUUUUCUCAGGAGCCAAUAAAGGCAUUUACACGGUUUAAAGACACCGCAUACAGUGGGAGGUUCCGUUCAGAUGGUCAGCUGCUCGUGGCGGGAUGUGAGGAUUCGGUUGUGAGGCUGUUCGAUGUGAAUGGCAAGGUGGCACUUAGGAUGUUCAAAGGACACACAAAAGCUGUACAUGUGACUGACUUCACCUCGGAUCGGUACCAGAUUGUCACCGGGUCGGACGACUACACCUGUAGACUUUGGGACAUCCCUAAUGCGACCGAGCUUACCAGCUAUCAAGAACACACGGAUUACAUUCGCUGUGGCGUUACCAGUAAACUCAACAGAGAUCUCUUCAUUACGGGAUCAUACGACCACACUCUUAAAUUGUUUGAUGCUAGAGUGGAUAAGUCUGUAAUGACUAUGAACCAUGGCCAGCCAGUGGAAAGUGUACUUCUGUACCAUUCUGAGGGACUCCUUGUCUCAGCAGGGGGACGCUAUGUCAAAGUGUGGGAUCUGCUGAAAGGUGGCCAGCCCUUGGUGUCACUGAGGAACCAUCACAAAACAGUGACUUGUUUGUGUCUUAGCAGCAGUGGCCAAAGGCUGCUGUCAGCCUCCCUGGACAGGCAUGUGAAAGUAUACAACACAACCAACUAUAAAGUGGUUCACAACUUUGACUAUGCUUCCUCCAUUCUCAGUCUGGCUUUGGCUCCAGAGGACGAGACUCUUACUGUGGGUAUGACUAAUGGUAUCCUGAGCAUCAAACACAGGAAAAGCCCUGAGGAGUCAAAUGAACAGUCAGGUCAACACCGGCGGCGACCAGCAUAUCGUGUGUUUGUGAAAGGGAAGAACUACAUCCCUAAACAAGAUGAUUAUCUUGUCAGUAAACAUGUCAAGCAGCAUUUGGCAAAAUAUGACAAAUACUUGAAACACUUCAAUGUUACAAAGGCUUUGGACGCAGCAAUGGAGUCAUGGACGAGACGCAGGAAUCCCGAAAUUCCCGUCGCUGUUAUAAAGGAGUUGGAUCGAAGAGGAACUUUGAAAAACGCCUUAGCGGGACGUGAUGAAAAACAGGUUUCUCAGUUACUCAACUUUUUAAUAGGAAACUUGGUUGACAUUAGGUUCGCUCCUGUCCUCGUCAUAGCGGCCGAGAUGAUCCUCGACAUUUAUAAGUCUGUCAUUGGCCAGUCAUCCAUCGUGGACAGCCAGCUUUUGCGUCUCCAGGAUCUGCUGGAGAGAGAAAUUGACUACCAGCAAGACCUCCUGGAAGUCUUGGGUAUGUUGGACACUGUCUUUGCGUCCCGUCUACCGAGGAAGGAGGUGCCGUGCCCAGUUGGGUCCAACGGCCUGGCUGAGGGGGAGGCGAGUACCUCGGGACCUCAGCUCCAGGCUACCUGA